CCAACCUCAUAAGAUCAAGAUUGAGUCUUGAUGGAGUGACACUUUACACAACUUCUGACUACGAUCAUAUCAAUUUCAACAUAUUUAAAAAGAGAUGUCUUCCUCAAGAGAUCGAAGCGUUGGAUUGGAUGAAGAUCUCGAUGGAUAUGCAUCAGAAUCAGAAGGAGAUUCAAUCUCUCUAGCAAGUAGAGACACAGAUGAUGAAUCUGACAGGGACGACAGCGAAAGUGAAGCUGAAGAGAUCAGCGAUGAACAUUACGCUGCAAUUCGAUCAACCGUCAUUGAUAUCACAACUGCUCUUGGUGGAUUGGAGGAAGAUAUAGAUGAAGAUGGAAAUAUACGCAAAGUAUAUGCAAUCGGUGAUGAGUGCCUACGUUGUCUACGUGAUUUGCGAACACUUCUCCAUCAAGAUGAGGAUGAUACUACAAGAGUGAUCCCAAUGAUAUUCAGUGAAGUAAAUGUCAUUCAACGGGGAUUGUUACCUCUCCUUCUCAAAGCAGCUGAUAUGGGAGAACGCGGUAGCAAGAUUGCAUUGGCCUGUACAGACCUGAUCACCACAUUGACAUGGCCGAUAGAUAUGGCAGCCGAAAUCCAAGCUGCGAUCAAUAAAGACGACAAUUCAGCUGCAGUACCGGAUUACAGACGAUUCCAAAGUGUUCUUGUAUCUUACAAGGCCAGCAUCUUGCGAAGUCGAUCGGGCGAAACAGGCAGUAGCAAUCGUAGCGUAUUGAGCACAAUCAUGUUGCACAUCCUACUACCUGCCAUCUCCAAGCCAAGACAUAAACGUACCGAACGAGAGAUUGGAACGAUCAGCAUGUGCUUACAUCUUUUCCGCAAUUUGUUGGCAAUUCCGGAUCCUGAGGCCACUUCCUUGAGCGGAUCAGAAUUGAUCGCUUUGUCUAACCUUCAAAACGAUCUUUUGGUUGAGUUGAAAUCUUCUCACAUUUUGGAAACUUUGUUGAUGCUCGCAAGUAAUGCCCAAUCGCGCGAUUUUGAGGCAUGGAAUAUCGUCACUGCAGAGUGUGUGUAUCACAUGUACUCCAGUGCUUUGCCUGAGCAAUUGAUUCAAAACAAUCAAACACACAUCCCAGGUCCCUCUACGUCCUCGACAAGCCGACAGAAUACAAGUCUUCAGAAUUCAUUAAAAGCAGAAUCACGCUUGAAGAGCAGUGAGAUACUUUCAUCAGGUACGUCUCGCCAUUCUCGUUACUCGACAACGAUCAAUUUCAAAGACGCAGAAGGCGCAGUCCGCAUCGCGAGAACGCAACGAGCUCUUCGAAAGACGAAAGAAGAGCUGCAACUGCAAUACAAAGAGAAGAAGCAGAAGAGGAAGAUUCAACGUAAGAGAGCACUGGAUGAGGUCGGUGCAAGCAGUCCAAGAAGAAGUUGGACACUUGCAGCAAAAGCGGUCGUAUCAGAAUGGGCAAAGAACUUUGUACAAAUGGGUUUUGAACCUCUCAUUCGAUCAGUCGUAAAAGAUAUCCGCUCUGAAAGUUUCAAGGCAGGAGACAUUGCACAAACAAGAACCAAGAUGAUGCGAAUAUCGAAUUUCUUCUUGGAAUAUUUCUUCCUACAAAAAGCGCAAGAGGACCGCAAAAGGCAAGCCACUCGUCAACGAUCAAGUGAGAAUGAAGCUGCGCCUGCAGAGGAUGAAGAUGAAGCCGUGGAGUGGACGUUCGAUCUAAUUGAUUAUUGGCUCGAGCCUUGGGCUUUGAAGAUGGCAUGGAUGCGAGCCAAUACAGCUCGGGACGAUAAGACUUGGCUAGAAUUCGCAACUGCCGUGAAACUUUGGACGACACUGUUAAAACUGGUGGAGAUGCUCAGCAAAAGCCCAAAUCGAGAAGAUACUGAGAUGGCCGAAGGCAUCUUAGCGAUGCACUUUUACGAUGAAUUGGCCUUGGAUGCUGCAAAGGCUGUGACCAAAUCCUACGGCAAUCAAAGUUUCCGAUGUUUAGAAGCAAUCCUUGACUUUGCCCAUGUGAUGCCAAAAGCACUCGAACGAUAUUCAAAAGACAAGGAGAAUCUCUUUGUCAAGAUCAAGAAGCAAGCGAAGAAAAGAGCCGAGAAGGAUCAAGGAGCAGGCGAGAAUGACAAUGCACCAACGAACGCAGAAGAAGAAGAGCAGGAGAUGCGUCAAGUUGUGGAGAGCAAGAUCAAAGAGAGAAAGUUUGAAUUUGAACGAUUCCAGUCUCAUCUUUCGUCGAGUCAACUGAUUGAAGCUUGCUUCACAUAUCUUGCCCGAUGGCUUGAUGUGACGGAACGUGUGGAAGAACACAUGAGCGGAGUUAUUCAUGUUCUGCAUCGACUGGCAAUCAAAGCCAAUAAUUUGCGUCUUUUCUUCCCUUACGAAAAGCGUUUGGCCAUUAAGAAGAUUCAAAAGGAUGCUGCUUUUUGGCAAUACCUUCAAUCCAAUGCACCUAAGAUUGUGCCUGAUGCACAAAAGCUGUUCAAGUAUAUCCUCGACAAAUUUGAACGUCUUGAUGAAACUGAAAAGGGAUAUUGGGCAGAAGGAAUGAAAGCGCCUAAACCUGUCAAAGUGUUCAAGAUGCCAACGGAAAUUGAAAUCAUUGAGAGCAAAGGACAGGCAGAAGAUAUCAAGAUUGCCGUUGGCAUUUUGAUGGAGGCGGAUAAGUUGCCGGCUGUAAUGUGGGUCAAAUCACAUUUGGAAGAAUCCCUACGUUCGAAGCUUGCGAUCGUGGAUGAGGUGCGAGAAGAUGGCGAUGCACAGCAAGAAUCACAAUCUGAACACGAUUCAGACGAGGAGCGUGAAAGACCUGACAAAGCUCUUGAACGUGCUUCUGAAUUGUUCCACGAUCAUCAAAUGUCCUACUUUGACGAUAACGAAUUGCGGGAUGAUGCAUCAAAGAGACCAGAAGUGAAGCUUUUGUGUCGACUGGUCAACUUGCGCAGUAAUGAAGAUGAUGAUCAUCACUGGGUUUGGACUGUUCCAGCAACUCAUAUGCCGGAAGAGUUAAAAACUCAGAUUACCUUCAUCGAACAGGGAAUGAACGGUGAACUCAGAGAUGAGCCAUGGGCAACGCUAGUAAGAAGGGUACGAAAGCAAACAAGAAUCACCCGAACGGUUGUGAAUGAAUUCGGUGAGGAAGAACAAGUUUACGUUCCUCGUCAAAGAGCACCACGAAAAGACACUCGUCCAAACACAUUCGUUGAUGAUUUGAUCGAAGAUAGUGACGAAGAAAUUGAAGCUGCUGAACGCAUGCUAGCACAACAAAGGAUGCAAGAAGCACGUCGUGACAAUAUUGAUAGUGAUGAUGACGAAGCAAAUUUGAGCACUCUAGACGACGCUGCUUCUCCAUUGCAAAAUCGAAUUCGAUCAAGCGAUCGUUCAAGCCGAUCAAGUUCCGUUACGGGUUCAUCUGUCCAUAAUGAUGCUUCUCCGCAAAAGGUUUCACCAGCACGCAAGAAACGUACUUUAGGCUCUCUGAGACGCAGUCAGCCAUCCAACGAUCUCUUCUUCGGAUUCCAAGAUAGCGAAGAAGAAGAAGAUUCUCAACAAGAGUCCCCCAAAAGGCUCAAAGGGGUUCACACUUCAUCUCCUGGACGGCCCGAUUCUGAGAUGGAGGUUGCUGGUGAUGGAGAUAGAUCCAAUGCUGCAUUGGAAGAAGCGCAACUAUCUUACGAUCCUACCAUUCGCAAGAGGCGUGCUCUCAUCGUAGAUAGUGACGAUGACGAAUAGGUUCACACGGCUUAGCAGUUCCUCCGUAUAAUUUAUAUCAUGUAUCAUUCUCAUAUCAGUCGUAUUGUAGCA